AUGUCGCUUGGGAGGAUUUCAUCUGUGUCACUGCUGCUGCUGCUGUGUUUGGUGGCUACUGUGAAGACUGGAGUAGCAAUGCCACGAAAUCCAGGAUGUCCAAACGCUGAGGACAAGAACUUCCCCCAGAAUGUACAAGUCAGCCUGAACAUCCUUAACAAGAGUGUAAAUUCCCGAAGGCCUUCAGACUACUACAAUCGAUCUACUUCACCUUGGACUCUCCACCGCAACGAGGAUCCUGAGAGAUACCCCUCUGUGAUCUGGGAGGCCAAGUGCCGCCACCUGGGCUGUGUCAGUGCCGCAGGGAAUGUGGACCACCACAUGAACUCUGUCCCAAUCCAGCAAGAGAUCCUGGUCCUACGCAGGGAGUCCCAGCACUGCCCCCACUCAUUCCGGCUGGAGAAGAUGCUGGUGGCUGUGGGAUGCACCUGUGUAACCCCCAUCAUCCAUCACAUGGCCUGA